CGCGUGUGACAUGACGCAAAGAACGUGUUCGCCGUAAUGCUAACAAACCGUCCACUCAAAGCUACAAUAAAAACAAAUGGAGCCGUGUCUGUGAGACGGCUCUUGAUGCGUUGAGCCUCGGCAAACAAUAAUUAGGUAGGGACUUGUGUCGGUGGAUUUAAUUCUCGGUGUAACCGAAGAACCAAGCAAGAACGGAGUAAAAACGAGGUUGCACCAUGGCGUCAGCACCUGCCACCGUGGAUUCGAAGGCAGAGCUGACUGCUCUGCUGGAACAGUGGGAGAGGGAGCAGCAAGGCAACACCCAGGAACUGGUCAACAUCCUAACCAAAAUCUCAGAGCUUGUUGAAAAGGAGACGGAGGAGUACCACAAAGCCGACCCUGACCCUUUUGAUGACCGACAUCCUGGGCGAGCCGAUCCAGAAUGUAUGUUGGGGCACCUUCUGAAGAUCUUGUUCAAAAAUGAUGAAUUCAUGAACACAUUGGUGAACAGCUACGUGAUGACCAGCAGGGAAUUCUCUCUAAAUGCAGCAGCUUGUCGCCUGCUGCAGAACAUCAUGCCUGGGCUGGAGACAGCUGUGGUCUUUCAAGAAAAGGAGGGCAUUGUUGAAAGGCUCUUUAAGUGGGCUCAGGAGGCCGAACAGCCUCUAAGAAUCUAUGCCACAGGCUUGUUGGCGGGCGCCAUGGAGAACCAGGACAUUGCUGCCAACUACAGAGAGGAGAACUCUGUUCUGGUGCCUUUGAUGCUGCAUCGGUUGCGGGAGCUUCAGGAUAAGGAUGCUGAGAACAAACGGGAAAUCAAACGGCCCAGCCCCAGGAAGACCUUCAGCGAGCCUUUGCUGCCUUUAGACGAGGAGGCUGUUGACGGAGGCUUUGAAGACAAGCCCUUCUCGCCGAGUAAAAAUGCAGAUGAAAAGGAAACGGUGGGGCCACAAGAAGACGCCGAAGUUGCCUUCUCAAGCGUUGAGCCUGAAAACGAACUUUCGUUCCGGUUCAGCUCCCCUCACAGAACGAGCAGCCGUGCCAACUCGGCAGUUAAAACCAUGAUGAAGCCCAUGUCUGCCCCAGGUUCACUGACACACCAGGGCGUGUCUGACGGCAGCAGCUACCUGAGACGGAGAAUUGAGAGAGACAGUGCCAGGGCCUCAAAACAGAAGCUUAAUUUCUCCCUCCCCGAACCAGAAAGGAACUUUAGUGAACUUUCCAACAGCAGCUGGUCGGAGAUGAGUCCCUGGGUUAUUGGGAACAACUAUCAUCUGGACCCGCUGACCCCAGAGAUUGAGCAGAGGCUCAUCCUGCAGUAUCUCACACCUUUGGGGGAGUAUCAGGAGCUGCUGGCAGUGUUUAUGCAAAUGGGAGCCAGGGAGCUCCUCAUGCACUAUAUGGAUCUAAAGCAGACCAAUGAUGUUCAGCUGACCUUUGAGGCUCUGAAGUAUCUGGCUUCGCUGCUAUUGCACAAGAAGUUUGCGGCAGAGUUUGUCGCACAUGGAGGAGUUCAGAAGUUGCUGGAAAUCCCGAGGCCUUCGAUGGCUGCUACAGGAGUGUCACUGUGCCUCUAUUACCUUGCCUAUAACCAGGAUGCAAUGGAAAGGGUGUGCAUGUUGCCCCAUUCCGUCUUGUCAGAUGUGGUUGGUUACACGCUGUGGCUGCUGGAGUGCUCACAUGCAUCAGGCUGCUGCCACGCAACUAUGUUCUUCUCAAUCUCCUUUUCGUUCCGGGCUGUCCUCGAGCUAUUCGACAACCAGGACGGACUCAGGCGGCUUGUCAACCUGAUCAGCACGCUGGAGAUUCUGAAUCAUGAGGACCAGGGAGCGCUGCUGAGUGAUGAUGAGAUUUUCUCCAGCAGGCAGAGAGCCAAGCACACCUGCAUGGCUCUGCGCAGGUACUUUGAGGCCCAUCUGGCAAUCAAGGUGGAGCAGGUGAAGCAAUCCCUGCAGCGCACAGAGGGAGGUGCCCCCAUUCACUCGCAGCCGUAUUAUAAGGCGGUCAGCUACAGCCGUGAACAGGUGGUGGAAAUGAUGGAGUUUCUGAUAGAGUACGGCCCACUCAGGCUAUACUGGGAACCAGCGGAGGUCUUUCACAAGCUAUCUUGCGUCCAGCUCCUCCUGCAACUUAUCUCCAUUGCUUGUGACUGGAGGACCUACUACGGCAGGAGCGAUACAGUACGAUACGCACUCGACAUCCUGAGUAUCCUCACAGUGGUACCAAAGACGCAGCUUCUGUUGUCCGAACCUGUUGCGGUGCUCGACGAGGGAGGAUCCACUGUUUCAACUGUCGGCAUAAGUAUAGUCCUGGCUGUGGCGGAGGGAGAGGUGUUUGUCAAUGACGCGGAGAUCCAGAAGUCAGCCCUGCAGGUCGUCAUCAACUGCGUCUGCGCUCCGGACAAACGCAUGUCCAGCAUUGGCAAGUUUAUCGCGGGCACCCCCCGUCGCCGCCUGCCGCAGCAGACGAAAGCCAACGAGAGCGUGCUCACCAAGAUGUGGAACGUUGUGCAAUCCAACAAUGGUAUCAAGGUGCUCCUAUCCCUGCUGACUGUGAAGAUGCCCAUUACAGAUGCAGAUCAGAUCCGAGCUCUUGCUUGCAAAGCUCUGGUGGGUCUGUCUCGCUCCAGCUCUGUGAGACAAAUCAUCAGCAAGCUGCCGCUGUUUAGCAGCGGACACAUCCAGCAGCUCAUGAAGGAGCCCGUUCUCCAGGACAAACGCAGCGAACACGUCAAGUUCUGCAAGUUCGCAGCAGAGCUGAUGGAAAGGAUCUCUGGGAAGCCGUUGCUGAUCGGUACUGACGUGUCUCUGGCGUGGCUACAGCGGGCCAGCGUGGUCGCUCAGUCCAAGAUCACCUUCCCCGAGAAGGAGCUGCUGCUCCUCGUACGGAACCACCUCGUGGCCAAAGGCCUGCACGACACAGCGAACACACUCACCAAAGAGGCGGAUCUGCCCAUGACAUGCCUAUCGCAUUCCUCUCAUUGUUCCCAUUCGGCUUCCUCCUUCCCUGCCGUUGCGCCUCCCCCACCCGCCUCCCCCGUUACAACGCUCCCCCGCACCCCACGGCUGGCCAACGGUGUGGCGUCGCGACAUGGAAACCACCCCGCUCACUCGACCUCCCCAGCAUCCAGCCACCCGCAACCACGCCCUUCCACGUCGCAGCCGUCCGCCCCGCCUUCCAGCGCCAUGCCCUCCACGUCUGCCCCACACUGUAACAACGGCUCUCCGCUGAUCGGCCGCAUCGUUUUCUCCCGUGAUCGGCAGACGCCGUGCGGCGCGAUGAACUGUAAAAAAACCAGAGUGCUUCGACAGAAGUCGGAUCAUGGGGCUUUCAGUCAAAGUCCGGCCAUGAAGAAGCAGUUUGACAGACACUUGCCUUCUCCUCCUGCUUUGGACAGUAUUAUCACGGAGUACCUGAGGGAGCAGCACGCGCGCUGUAAAAACCCCGUCGCAACCUGCCCACCUUUCUCGCUUUUCACCCCCCACCAAUGCCCAGAGCCCAAACAGAGACGGCAGGCGCCCAUCAACUUCACGUCGCGCCAUUCGCAUAGAGUUAUAUAUCCAAAAUACGGAGGCGUGGACGGCGGAUGCUUUGACAGACAUCUUAUAUUUAGCAGGUUCCGUCCCAUCUCCGUGUUCCGGGAGGCGGAUGAGGAUGAGAGCGGAUUCAUGUGCUGUGCCUUCUCGGCUCGUGAGCGGUUCCUGAUGCUCGGCACGUGCACGGGCCAGCUCAAGCUCUACAACGUGUUUACGGGCCAGGAAGAAGCCAGCUACAGCUGUCACAGCUCAGCGAUCACUCACUUGGAGCCGUCACGGGAUGGUUCUCUACUCUUAACCUCGGCCUCUUGGAGUUACCCUCUUUCUGCGCUGUGGGGCAUGAAAUCUGUGUUCAUCAUGAAGCAUUCCUUCCUGGGUGACCAUUAUGUGGAGUUCAGCAAGCUUUCACAAGACCGUGUCAUAGGGACAAAAGAACACAUAGCACGUAUUUAUGACAUACAGACGGGACAGGUUACCCUGACCCUCAACAACCCAGACCUGGCUAACAACUACAAGAGGAACUGCGCCACCUUCAACCCAACAGACGACUUGGUUCUGAAUGAUGGCGUGCUGUGGGACGUACGCACGGCUCAGGCCAUCCACAAGUUUGAUAAAUUCAACAUGAACAUCAGCGGGGUGUUUCAUCCCAACGGCCAGGAGGUCAUCAUCAACACAGAAAUCUGGGAUCUGCGGACCUUCCACCUGCUCCACACGGUUCCUGCUCUGGACCAGUGCAGGAUAGUUUUCAACAACAGCGGCACAGUCAUUUAUGGAGCAAUGUUGCAAGCCGACGACGAAGACGACAUGAUGGAAAUGCAAAUGAAAAGUCCGUUCGGUUCAUCGUUCAGGACCUUCAAUGCCACAGAUUACAAACCAAUCGCCACAAUUGAUGUCAAGAAGAAUAUAUUUGACCUUUGCACAGAUACAAAAGACUGCUACCUAGCUGUGAUCGAGAACCAAGACUCUGUGAACACUGACACUGUGUGCCGGCUCUAUGAAGUCGGCCGCCAGCGGCUAGCUGAGGAAGAGGAGGAGGAUGAGGAAGACCAGGAGGAUGAUGAUCAGGAGGAAGACGACGACGAUGACGACGACGACUCGGAUGACGACGUCGACACGGAUCCUCUCAUCGCCGAGCUGGAGAACGACAACGGAGGUGAUGAUGAAGGCAACGACGAGUUCUCUCCUUCGGACGAAGAGGUCUCUCAGCUCCUUGAAGAUGACGGUGAUGGCGGAGAUGACGACGACGAUGAUGACGAUGACGACGAUGAUGAUGACGAUGAUGAUGACUCUGAUAAUGACGUUGAUCUGGAUGGUGACAACGACAGCUCGGACAACUCUGACCUUGAGGAUGACAUCAUCUUAUCCCUGAACGAGUGAGGACGGGGGCCAGGGAUCCAGAGAAGAUGUCACGAUUUCUUCCUCACAGACGUUUGAUCUGCAGCGGAUCAGUCACGAAAAGAGAAAAGCAACGGGUAAUCCACUCUGAGCACUGCCAGUUUGAAACUGUAGGUGUCUGAACACACGGCGAGAGCGAGGAGAAGCAAAAAUGAUUGUAUAUGGUAUAAUUUUAUAAAGGAAAAACAGGAUCUGCAGGAUGAGUGAUGAGACCUUUGUGAGGAUGUGGUGAAAGAAAAGGUCUCACUUUCGUGGCCUUUUGUCGAGCCUCUUUAAUGCACACGGGUUUCCUCCCUUUGGAAGCAUCUGUUUGGUCACAAAUUCAAGUUUCUUGAAGAGAUGGUUGAGAUCUACAGUGAGAUUGAAGACGUACUGCUCGUGGUUGCUUGCGUUUGGCCAGACUGACUAGUCACCAAAAUGUCCUGAGGGUUUUUUCACAAAGAUUCACCAUCCUGCCUUCAAGUUUUAUUUUCUGCAGAUAUUCCAUUCCACAUGCAGCGGUGCCAUUUAACAUGACCUCUAGGUGAUGUGAACACUGUAAUAAAAGCGCCCACGAGUUGAAUGUCACCCAAACUGACAUGCUUUAACAUUUUUUUUAUUUUUUUUAUUUCUUUUUUGUUGCCAAACAGUAUUUAGCACAGUGACAGAUUUAUUAAGACUACUCUGAACAUACAACUGUUCUUUUUAUUUUCUCAAGCAUCUGAAAUGGAAUUAAAAAAAGUCCCAAAAUUUAGCAAAGCCGAAAUAAAUUAAUUUUACUUUUCCUUCAACAGUAAAAUUUAAAGCCUUCAUUUUGUAUAUAAAAAAAAAAAAAUGUGGUACAUGCACAUAUUUUUGUGCUGUCCAGUUGUCAUGAUUUUUUUUCCUUAUAGUUUUACCUUGUGUGAUUUUUUUUAUUUUUUGUUUUUUUUCCCCACUAGGAGACUUUUUGAGGUCCUUGAAAGUUCUUGUACAGAUUGUAUGUAUCUAAAGUAUUUUUACUAUAAAUAAAGCUGCAGAAUUUCCUUUCUGUGUAUUUAUCUGA